CUUGUACUUUAAGAUAGGUCUCGGAUAUGUGCAUGCGUGUAUUGUCGCUGGACUGACGCCGUGUUGUUCACGACAGGAUUCCGGAAACAGUGCUUCUAAAGUUCGUCUAACAUCUGCGGUUUUCGAAGAUAAAUAACCUCAAAAUUUUUAAGCGCCAGGUUACUAUGAGUGGAACUACUCGUAUUGACCUGACAGAUGAGAAUGCAACCCGGGGUAUGCGAUUGUCGCCGACAACAGUUGCCGCAAUUUGCACUCAAUUAGACGCCGAUAUGAGUGCACGUAGAAGUAGCAGCGGCAGUCUGCACAGUGAGAAUAACGAUUAUUUGGUGUCUGUAUUGGACCGUCCACCUCCAUAUGCACCCACCACAGAUGCCAAAGUAGGUCACGAUGGUAACAGCCAAAUACCGACAGCACCAUCAUACGGUUUUGCGCCCGAUUUGAACAUGGAAUCUAAAACCACCGGCCAGUACUACAACGAAAGACUGAACAAUACAGUAACUGCUCCUGGUGCAGAGCCUCCACCUCCUUACGACUCACAAAACAAAGCAAAAGGCAGCGGAAACAAACAGGAAAAGUCUUGCGCUCGACGUACGGCAACUUACGCAGGAGCAGCCCUCGCGCUGUUUGGAUUCUUAAUGUGCAUCUGUUUGGUAGCGUUUUUCCCGAUGACUAUGGGUUUCGACAACACGUUCGAAGAAAGUCAUGAUAAAGCUGCAAAAAUGUUCGCGAUUUUCGGUUUGGGAAUGGUGUGCUGCGUUUUUGGUUGUAUUAUAGCAGCGUGCGGAAGCGGGACACGAUAUCCCACGAGAAGGAUAAUCAUAGUCCGUGGCGACGAUGAUUCAGUAUGAGCUGAACCAUUUGCUUCCGGCGAAAAGUUUUGAUUGACCUCUGAUCAUUGCUUAUGGAAACUGCGAUUCAAAAAUAAUUGAGCGCUCCUCAUACAAUAACAAAAUUACCUCUACCCCCAUUAGUUUAAGAAGAUGACAUAGUAAUAUUUCGUACGCAUUCACUUUACAGCUAUCGGAUGAGCUAUUAUAUCACGAGUUCCUGCAAAAUACUGUCUAAUGCCCAUAACUCACUUUGCUGUUUCCUACUUCGCUUCGCUCCCCUUAAAUAUUUUUAAAUAUGACGUGCAUUUAUUUAAAACAUUCCUAAACCCCCAAAUUGAUCCAAUUUGACGGGGAAGCAGGAAGAGGAAGGGAACUAUUGUUUGCCUUGUGACGCGCUCAAUUAAUUUGUCCACGAAAUAGAAUGUGCGUAAAAUCUAAAUCAGUUUUAUCAGAUGCACAUUUCAUGAGCUGCAAACUUCAAAUCAUGCUCUAGUUUGGUCCGACCAUUUUCGGACAUUUCUUUAGCCUACAUUUUUGUAAGUGUUUCACAGUCCGAUUUUCGCGGAUAAUCCAAUAUGUAUAUUAAUAAGGUGAGGCGUCUUUUUGACACUGAUCUUGAAGAAUAUUAUCCUCCCUAAUGGAUAUUUAUAAUGCUGCCAAAAUACAAUGGAUAUUUAUAAUGAUGCCAAAAUACAAUUUAAAAAAAAAAAAUCAUUGUGGUUUUGAAAACCUACAAAUGUAAAAUAUGAAAAGGACCAUUUCAUACGACUAAAGCCAUUAAAUAAUUUUUGUAUCGAAUAAAGUAUUUUUGUACACCAA